ACCUAACCCUUAUUUACAGAUCGUAUUAAAAAGAUAUUCCUGUAGAAAACGGAUGCAGACAAAGCGAUUUAUCUCAAACGGCUAAAGAAAAUGACCCACGCGUUUAUUUUGUUUUGUUUGUGUUUUUCUCAUCUUGUUGGUGUGUUUGUUGUGGAGACAAAUGUAGUGAAGUCAGUAUCAGUGAUGGAGGGAGAUUCUGUCACUCUAAAGACUGAUGAUAAACAGGGAUAUGACAAGAUAGAGUGGAGGUUUGGAGAUGAGCGAAUUGCCGGAAUCAAGGGAGUGAACGGUACAUAUUAUGAUAAAGUUUGGAGAUUCAGAGGCCGACUGCAGCUGGAUCACACAGGCUCUCUCACCAUUAAAAACACCACAACUGAACACACUGGAGUUUAUCAUCUAAGUAUGAAGAUUGGAAAUUCAGAGAUACCCAAGAGUUACAGAGUUACUGUGUAUGCUCCUCUGCCCAUUCCAGUAAUCUUCAUUGACACGUUACCAUCCUCUUCAUCAUCUGAAAGAUCUUCGAGGAUCUUCUUGUGUUCAGUGGUGAAUGUGAGAGAUGCAACUCUCUCCUGGUACAAAGGAAACAGUUUACUGUCCAGCAUCAGUGUGUCUGAUCUCAACAUCAGUCUCUCUCUACCUCUGGAGGUGGAUCAUCAGGAGAAAAACAUCUACAGAUGUGUAGUGAACAAUCCUGUCAGUAACGAGACUCAACAUCUCACCAACACUGAACUCUACUGGUUAGGUUCAGACUCUGUCCACUAUUGUGGCACUGUUGAAGCUGUGAUCCGAUUGGUCAUCUCUGCUCUGAUGGGCGUGGCUGCUGUGGCUGCCAUUGUUGUUCUGGUUUAUGACAUCAAAUCCAGAACAGGAGAGAAGAGAACAGACAUCAAAUUAAGACAACGAUCAAUCAGAUAAUAAAAUGUUAAUCUGUCUUUUUUUUCUUUUUCUUUUUUUUUACUUCUGAGUACUUUUAUAUUUAGAUUAAAUUGUGUUGUGACAGAAUUCUUCAUCUGUAUUCCGUAUUCCUAAUGAUUAUGAUGCAUUUUGCAAAUUUGAUGUCCAUAAAGCUAGGAACAUGAAAUAUUGCAGUCGAAGUCCUGUCUACACUCUAAUUUCUAUACUUUUUUUUGUUGUUGCCAACAUAAGACUGAGUUAUAAGGUUACAAAGAUAGGCCUGCAUUUAGGUUGCAGUUAGGAAAAGUAGGGAAAGUAUGUAAUCAGCCACUCCUAAUAAUAAGCCAAUUAACAAAUUAAACGUUCAGAAUCCCGAACAACAUCCGUUCUCCAUGUGUCUAUAAGUUCAAUGACUCUCAGUCAGAAGUGUAAACAGUGUAAAAAUGUGUAAACAUUGUGUUUGAAUGUAACUCAUAGCUGCAAAUAAAUCAGGUUGACUGGUGAAAAUAACAAACAAUUUAAAAAGCUCAAAUAUACAGUCAAGGAAAAGCAAACAAAGGUUUCACAAUAAAAUUAUUAUUUAGGCUUGAGGUUUAGGCCAUCAGGCCCUCCUGGUUUACCUCUGGUCAAUAAUUAUAGCAUUUGUGUAUUUACUUUAGAUAACUAGAUAAACUAGACAUGUUCACAUUAUAAAUAGUAACUUUAUAAAGGAUGAUAUUCAAUACAAUUUCCUGACUUUUUCAUAUUCUGUUGAAGAAAAGAUGGAUUCCCUGUACCACAAAAAUACAAAAUUCCAAAAGUCAAUUAGAAUAUUAAAGCAAUUUUAUUGUGCAUU